AUGUUUAAUAACCUCAGCAGCUUUGUGCAGAAGGCUCAGUCGGCUGCUCAGCAGCUGAUUGAUCCUAUGCAAGGACUGAAUCUGACCAACUCAGAUAGACAUCCCUCCAAAGCUUCUCUAUUCCAAAAUCAGUUCCGACUUCCCAGCUCCCAGACGCCCCUGUACGAGAUACCCGCCGAGCUUACUAUACCACCUUCGAACGUCACCCAAGGUGAUAAAGAACGUGACCGGGGUUGGCACUAUGUCGGCAAGCUGCACCUUUCCGAGUUCUAUAUUUGUUUUUCGACUACCCCGACUAGUUUUUCACAAGGCGCUAGCCCCUCGAGUGCCGCCGCAUUCACUGGCCAGACACAUGGUGCCGGGCCUAGUGGGAAUGGAUUUACUUUCCCUCUCUGCGCUAUCAGAAAGGUCGAGCGCCUAAAUACCCAGAACCUUCAGUUUGCUCUCGCCAUCACCACGUGGAACGGUAUAACACAAGAAUCGGUAAAGGAUAGAGAUGCGCAAAAAGACAAGAAGGAUUUCAGAGAGCAGAGGAUCACUAUACAGCUUGCCGGAUCCCGUCCGGCAUGUGAAAGAUUUUGUGACGGCCUCAAGAAAGGCUUAAGGAAUGCAGUCGGUAGCGUCGGGAGAUAUAAGAAGGUUAUGUCCGAAUGUUAUUCGGAGUACCUCCUUAGGCCAGAGGAUAAAAAGAACAUAAACCCGCCUGAUGCUGGUUUAGGUAUGGUAUUUCGAUAUCCUGGCGACCCGAAGAAGCUUAGGGAUCGGGCAAAGAUGAGGUUAUGGGCCGAGUAUCUUCGCGAUAAUGGUCGGAAUGCGACCCUAAUUCGUCAGCCCACAUUUCAUAAACUUAUUAGAGUCGGUCUCCCAAACCGACUCCGAGGUGAGAUCUGGGAGUUAACGUCCGGAUCUUUAUAUCUACGACUCGAAAAUCCGACCCUAUACGUGGACACACUCGCAAAGUUCGAAGGGAAAGAGUCGUUGGCUAUAGAUGAAAUAGAAAAAGACUUAAACCGAAGUCUCCCCGAAUACCCGGGAUUCCAGAGCGAAGACGGGAUCAACCGCCUGCGACGAGUUCUCACAGCAUACAGCUGGGUUAACACCGACGUCGGGUACUGCCAGGCCAUGAAUAUUGUCGUGGCCGCUUUGUUGAUUUACAUGUCCGAGACUCAAGCAUUCUUCCUCCUUUCAGCAUUGUGCGAUAGGCUAGUUCCCGGGUAUUACUCCUCUACCAUGUAUGGUACGCUCUUGGAUCAGAAGGUAUUUGAAGCCCUUGUGGAAAAAACGAUGCCAAUUCUGUGGGAGCAUCUCGUUAAGAGCGAUGUACAACUCUCCGUCGUUUCUCUUCCCUGGUUCCUCUCUCUGUAUAUCAACUCGAUGCCCCUGGUUUUUGCAUUUAGGGUUCUAGAUGUUUUCUUUGUCGAGGGGCCUAAGGUAUUAUUCCAAGUCGGACUAGCUAUUCUAAGGAUCAACGGCGAAGAAUUAUUAGACGCUACGGACGAUGGUGCUUUCAUAUCUGUUCUAAAGUCAUAUUUCUCGCGCCUCGAUGAAUCCGCACAUCCCAAAUCAGAAAACCCAAAGCUACGAGCUAUUAACAGGUUCCAAGAAUUGAUGGUAGUAGCUUUUAAAGAGUUCUCGGGCGUUACUCAUAGCACUAUUCAGGAUUUACGAUUAAAGAACAAGGAUGCGGUUCUCAAUAAUAUUGAGAAUUUCGCUAAGCGUACUGCUAUUCGAAAUCUUGGACCCGACAGUAAAUUGCUGAGCCCCGACGAACUAGGAGCCCUAUAUGACAGAUUUUACGGGAUCUUGUACGAACGACAACAGCGAGAUCACAUCAUCCAAGAACAACUAGCUCGAGCUAAAGCCAGCAGAGCCAGAGCCGGCGACGCAUUCCCAGAACAUCGCGACCACGGCAUCGAGAAAGGUCGAGUCGGCUUGGGUCCCAGUACUAGCUUAAUGGAUUACGAUGCGUUCCGGGAAUUCUUAGCGAGCGUGUCUAAAUGGGCCAUCUCUGAUGCUCCAGCCUCGCCUAGGCGCGACGUGUCCGAGAAAGACCGUGGUUCAUACUUUGGCAGUUUUAGGCGGUCCGAACCUAACUUGCUUUCACCGUGGGGCGGAGGCCCCGAGCCGACUGAUCAUGAGUUCAUGCAGAGAUUGUUCCGAAGAUGGGAUGUGGAUUCCAGCUCGACGUUAACGUUGCAAAAUGUCGUGACGGGCUUCGCACAUAUCAAGGGGAAGCGUGAUAUCAUGGGCACAAUCACAUACUUUUUUGAGCUCUAUGAUGAUGACGGCGAUGGAAGAGUCGAUCGAGAAGGCAUACUCCGAAUAUCAGAAGCGCUCUUGUUCCUCUCGCGUCGUGGCCUCGAAGGAUCAUUAAGUCAUUCUGCGACGACCCCGGCUCCAAAUGGGCUAAGUGAAUCUAGCAGUGGCUCAUUGAGCCCACCAAUCGGGGGUACUAUUAAUGAACGAUUUUUGGGAAGCGUGAGCGCUUUCAUUCGGCGCUGUUUUGAAUACGCAGAUCCUGAUCAUCCAAAUAACCAAAUCACAAAUACAGGAAAAUCAUUCUCCAAUAUCGAGGAGCCAGUAGGCGAUAACAAUAGUGCAUUUGCUAUUGGUGAUGAUGAAGACGAAGACGAGGAAGAUUUACUUGCUUUUGAGGGUCCAACAGACAGUCCCAAACCUGCGAAGAAGAAGCCUGACCUAGGAGAGACAAUUCCAUCGGCUUUAGGUAAGCCAGAUACCGACAACGAGGCCAGACGUGCGGUAUCCAAAGCCCAGUCCGAGAAAGCCAACGCAGCCCUAGAUCCUUCAAAUCCGCUACAUAUAACUUUACCAACGUUCCGAAUGGUAGUGCUUGCAGACGAGCUACUGGAACAGUUCUUCGAAUCGUCAUUUCCUACCUCAUUACAUCUCAUUGAUGGCUUGGCGUCUACCAGCCAGUCUACUUCGUCUCUAACCACGUUUUCUAAUAUAAGCUUCGGACGUUCUCCUGGUGUACCACCUCCUGUUCCACAGGUAGGCAUGGCAGGUGCUGGCCGUAGUCUACGUGGCGUUCUAGACAAUAUUGUCACGGAUGCAUCACGUGUUGCCGCUGAAGUUCGCCGGCGUAUGGAAGAAGCACAGCGCGAAUUGGAGAAGAACGCGGUACCUGGACAGAAAGACGAAGAGGAGGAAGAGGAGGAGGAUGUUCAAGGCCUACGCCCGACUGGAUAUGGUGGAGAUCCCGAGCGUAGGAGCGUCAGAUCAUCCGAUAGAGAUCUAUUGGAUGGAGCGGAUGCUGGAGCUGGAGCGGCGAAGAACCCAGAAGGGCAAAGCCAGUUGAAUGUUGAUGCUAAUAGUACGCAAGAAGGGAGACCAAGAACCUCCAGUUCAACAACACAGAGAAUUGUGGAGUUUGAGGGUUGA